CGUGCCUACGCGCAAGGCAUGACGCGCAUGCGCAGCUCGCCAAACAGUUUUGGUUCCACGAGUUUAUGUUCUCUACAAGGCUUUGUGCAGUCGUGCAGCAGCAUAAUAAUUAUUAUUUCUUGGAUACAUUAAAAUAGGCUGAGCAGCAAGGCGGUUGCAGUAACCAGAAGGCGUGAGUUUCAAACAACGCGCAGUUGUAAGCCUGAGUCCACUGGAAGCUAGUGGUGGCGUAGCUGUGCUACUUGCUAAUGUUAUGAGACUGAACGCAGGGAAACGCCACCUGUGAUUGACAGCCCACUCACUGCUUUACGUUACAGAUUCAGUCGGGUUGCUCGUGGAAUGGGGCAGUGGAAACUUUGGUUGGUUUAAUUUGCUAAACGGGGGGGAGAGGAAGCAGGCGGCACCGCUGCGGGCCUUCGGUCACGUCGCGCACGACUUCAGUGACCGAUAGUAACUAACAUGGGGACCUGAAGUGAAUUCAGGUUAAACAGUAUUUUGCCGCGAAUUUUCGGACUUUGCUUUUGAAAAUGGCCGGUUUUACGGAUCUGCGGGAGAAGCUGAAGUCGAUGACACCGCACAGGGACAAAGUUUUCGAGUACAGCAACGGCGAGAAGCGCAAGUACCGCGAGUCGGAUGACGACGAGAGCGAAUACGAGGAGCGGCGGGACGCAGAGGCGCGUAAAGUGAAGAGCAGCAUUAAGCAGGCGAGUAUCUUCACGCAAGAGGAGUGCGCACUCAUUGAGGCGAAGAUAGACGAGGUGGUUGCCAAGGGAGACAAGGGGCUCUACCGGGAGCACACGGUGGACCGGGCGCCCCUGCGGAACAAAUACUUUUUCGGGGAGGGCUACACGUACGGCUCGCAGCUGGAGAAGCGCGGGCCCGGGCAGGAGCGGCUGUACUCCAAAGGCGAAGUGGACGAGAUCCCGGACUGGGUACACGAGCUGGUCAUCGAUCGCCUCGUGACGCACGGCGUCAUACCGGAGGGCUUUGUGAAUAGCGCCGUGAUCAAUGACUACCAGCCCGGGGGCUGUAUCGUGUCCCACGUGGACCCCAUCCACAUCUUCGAGCGACCGAUAGUGUCCGUGUCGUUCUUCAGCGAUAGCGCGCUCUGCUUCGGAUGCAAGUUUCAGUUCAAGCCCAUCCGUGUGUCCGAGCCCGUGCUCUACCUGCCCGUGAGGCGCGGUAGUGUCACAGUCCUCAGUGGCUACGCAGCGGAUGACAUCACGCACUGCAUCCGCCCACAGGACAUCAAGGAGAGGAGAGCUGUCAUCAUUCUGAGAAAAACAAGGCCGGAUGCCCCUCGCUUGAACUCCAGUUCUCUGAGCCCAUCCAUCCACUCUUCUGAAAGACGGCACAUACUCAAAGCCAAACGCUCACACCGUAAGGCCGACCCAGAUGCUGCACACAGGCCUCGUAUUUUAGAGAUGGACAAAGAGCUGCAGAGGCGUUCCCUCUCCUCCCGACAGAGACGUCACGGCGACAGCAGUUCAGAAAACUCGUGGAGGAGAGCUGAUGAAAGAGAGCCAGGCUCACGCUACACACAUGACCACGCACCCCCCGCGACGAGUCAAAAUGAGACGCCACUGAGACGCAGUCAGGACUUUACAUUUGCUCGAGGGGACGGAAAACCAACGGAGUGACUCAGUAAAAGAGAUGCUUCUGGUGUGGGUGGAUUCAAGGACAUUAGACAGCGGCUGCUUUACUUAUUAAGAGGCUUUAUCUAUCUAUUCAGACAUAUCAUACUUUAAGAUCCACUUUAUUUUGUUCUGUGUGUUUAAAGGAAAUGUAUGGAAUAAAAAGACAUCUAAACAGACUAGUGGAAUUCAAUCAUAAUUCACCAGUUUUGCACCCCAGUUAAUGUGCCAGUGUCAUGCAUACAACUCAUUCACAUAAUAUCAAAUAAAAAUGUCAACUGGUCAGGGCAGAUUUUUGAGAACUGCUCCUUGAAAUGUAAACAUGGCUGAUUUGUUUUAUUUUUUAUUAUCAUUUUUAAUUUUUGCAAAAGUCUCAGAGCAAGAGGGAAAUUGAAAGCUAAUUUUGUUCAUGUCUAUAGAUUGACUUAAGUUAAUAGUAUGAUAAUAAAAUGUCUUUGAUUUGCAUACAGUGGCUUCUCAGUGCAUUUGCCUGUCCACGGUGGCUGUACUAACAAAGACGAGAUCAAAUCUAAGGCCUGGAAUCAUCUUUGAUUUGCUUGACGUGCACAAUAUUAGUUUCUGAUAUUUCUAAAAUGGGAUAAAAAGUUACAUUAGUCAUCUCUUCUUUUGAAUGCUGUUUUUUUCUGUUUUUGAUGUUCAUUUCUUUUUCUCUCCCAUUUAAGGAUGGUAUUUCCAUUAUAACUUCUGAUUUAACAGCUAUGGCAAUUUGUUUUGGCUCUUUAUUUCUAAAGGAAAGAAUUUAUUCAUGCCACAUUACAGCUGUCAUAAUGGCAACAGUUCAUGUUUAUUUAUUUAGCGAAUUCAUAUGAUUUGUUUCUGAGGUUGAAUGGAAGUGAAGGAAAUGUAAAAGAAAGAAGAUAAAGUGUCUGUCCCAUUGCAGGUGUUCAAUAGAAAAGUGCUUUUGAUUACACAAGACUAUAUAUACUUUGUAUUUAAGAGGCUGACAGAUGAGACUAUUUUUGUUUAAAGGUUAAAAACAAAAUGGAGUAGAUCAGACUGCAUAAAUGAUUAAAGAGAAAUGUUCUGUGUGUUUUUGGAAAUUUCUAUGUUCGUUCUUUAUUUUUCUAGUUCAAUGGAAAAUUGAGAUUGUUCAUAUCUGUUGUAUUUUGUAGCUGACUUUUAAAUACCAAAAACAAUCACAUCCAGUAUUUCCUGAAACAUGUUAGUUUUUUUUGUAAGAAGUUUAUUUUUCUUUAGUUCAUUUUGUGUUGUCCAUUAAUAUGGAAUAGGAGCAUCAUUUUCUGUCUACACUUCUUUUAACAUGCAUAAAAAAGUUUACAUUUUU